AUGAUGCCUGCUCCUUAUGUGCAACAACCAAUCCCUAUAGAAGCUCUUUCUGAAUAUGACAUUCGUGAAAUACUUUUGGAUGGACAUGAAAUACUUGAAAAACCACUAACACCAACUGCAAACUUUCAGAGGAUUGUUAAUCAUAUUGACUUAUUAGAAGGUUGUAGUUCUGGGGAUACUUUUCCUCAAAAUAAUGAGCAGGAAUCAUUAAAGAACUUAAUGUCACCGAAGAUAUGGGAAACAGUCAAAGGAAUAAUGCGUACCACAUUGAUUGAAAUAAAUGCACUGGUUGAUGUUCUUGGUAUCAUGAAAGAAGGAAAAUAUUUGGCUAUUAAUCCUGUCGUGGGUGAUUCACCUGAAACAAAUCUUUCUCUGUUUUUAUCCGGAAAGAAACGAUCGCUUGCUGCAGCCGCUGAUAUAUUGAUAAAAGGAGCUGAACGCCUUCAUCGAAGACAUAGUGAACUGUUCGAUGCCAGAGUGCGACGUUUUGAUCCAAUAGUCUCAUCAUCUGAAUGUUCUCAUAACUCCUUUCAUAAGAUGUUAAUGCAUCUGCGUCAAGAAUGGAGAUUGAAAUUGCACCAAAAUUCUAUUUUAGGUGAUGUUAGUCUACGGUCAAUCGGUUCUUACUUCAAGGAGUCUGGUAAUUUUGAAAUCCGAGAGUCGGAUAUAUUUUCUAACUAUAAAUCAAAUAUACAAUCAAAGGAUGGGAUGAAUGUGGAUACAUUAUCUGGAGUUAUGGUAAUAUUUUCACAAUCUAUGGAAGCUCUUUUAAGUACAUCUCUUGGGUCUGGCGUUCUAAAUGUCAAAUUCUUUGAGUCGGAUAUCAAGUCAGGAUCUGCAUCAUUGUUGAAACAUUUGUUUUGUGAACAGCAGACAUCUUCAUGUCUUGUAGAUGUACCAUCACUUAACCAAAGACAAAGACUAUUUAAAGCUCAAAGGUUACUAGCGUGUCAAGAGAUUUUGCUUCAGCUUGCAUAUGAAGCAUCCAAUUCAAAAGGUCGUGAUAAUCCUACAUAUUCUAUUGCCUUUGCCACUCAAGAUGAGGUCAUAGCCACAUUAUUCCCGGGAGUACAGAUAACUAUAUCUCUAAACACAAGACCUUGUGUUUUCAACGACGAAAUUUUAGAUGGUAUAAAGCCUAAAUUAAUAGAUAAGAAAUCAUUUGAUUACCCAAAAUCUGUUGUUAACUGUACAAACUGUAUAGACUUGCAAUUGCAUCGCAUGUUAGCAGCUCAGCAUCGAGCAGCAUGGUCAAAUCUCGCAAGUUUACCACAGCCUGCAUGUGGGCCUGUUCAAGUUCCUCUAUGUUAUCGUGCCGCUGGUGCAAAUGGAUUACCAGCAUCUUACUUUUUGUCAUUAUCACAUGAUUUGAACUCAAGCCUUGGAUUCUCUGUUGUUGUUGCUAGUGUUUCCGGUUUCGCUGCUCAAGCUGCUUCUGCCUGGUCUGUCAUUCAUCCUGCUAGUAGAAUUCAUCCAUACUUCACUGAUAAAACAGAUAUGUUAAAUCGCUUAUCACUCUUCACUGAAUGGGGGCAUUUUCUUCACAGUGGAGCUAGUUUACCUCUUACUGGACAUCGCUUGGGAGCUUCAAGUUCUACAGAUGCCUCAAUUCCUGGUGCAGUAGGUUUAUCCAUGAUUGAACACGCUUUGUUACUGCGAGGCGCUGACGAUAAUACACUAAAAGCUGUACUUGGUACAGAUCUAUCGUUAUUCAAUCGAACCGUUAAUAUAUGUCGUCAUUAUUAUCUUCGAGACCAAGUAUACCUUAUUAUAUCCGAAUUUUCACAACAUUCUCCUGUCAAGAUUAUAGCACAUUGGGAUACUUGUAAUUCUGCAUUGGAAACAUCAGUCAGAUUGUGUUUCUAUUCUACUGACUAUGAUGCUUAUCGGUCAUGGUUGUGUAUAACAGUUACAUCUAGUGGGAUUUUUGUAUUCUACUCGGAUCCCCCUCAGACUUAUCGUCUAGGCACAAAUCUGAAUAGACUAAAAGAUGUUUUAAGCAAUCAGGUAUUAUAUGUACAAAUGAAUUAUUUGGAUAUAUUAGCUAUGAAAAUUUUGGGAUGGACACGUUUAGGCAGUAAUCCACUUUCUGGAGUAGCCAAUACUGAAGAGAAUAAUGAUGGCCCAAUGGUUGUCAAGAUGUUUGCAUCUCCAUCCGGUGAUAACUUGGUUUCUUUACGGGCAAGUUCUGCUGUAGGUAUCCAGUUAUUCGUGUCCAAUUGUAAUUUGAAUAACGCUCAGUUUUCAACUCAUCGAAUUCAUGCUCUAUUGAAUCAAGACUUUCGUGAAAAAGUAGUCGAUGAUGAAGUUAUCUACAUUUCAAUUGGAUAUGAAAACUGUGAGUUGCAGUGAAUUUCUACUUUGGAGAACACUAUCUCUUAUGAGCUAAUAGGUUGUUGUUGUUGUUGUGUACAACUUUCUUGUACUUUUUGGUCUGCAAGUUUCCGUUGUAUAUCAUGUUUAUGAGUGGAUUUUAUAAUGAAAUUGCAUUGUUAACUUCUUCCUCCUGUGUAAAUUGAAUUCCCUAGAAUGCUUAUUAAUGAAUUUUAACACAUUUUUUCCAAGGCUUACCAAAUGUAUCAUGAACUUAUCAAAUCCAAGUUUUAGAUCUAAUGAGUGAACUAAUUACUGACUCCAAUCACUGUGUCAUGGUUUUACCGAUUAAUGUUAUGAUUGAUGAUUAUACAAUUAACAGUUUGUUUUUUUUCCUUGCCUUCGAUGACUUUCAUCGUACAAUAUGAUCAUAUUGAAACAACAGGAUAUACUUUCAAGUUAUUUACAAGCAAGUUGAUGUCUAAGGCAGCCUAAUUUUCAGUGUAUAAUCA